GAUGAGUUAAAAACCCAACACGGGUUUUGUUCAAAGGAAGGAUCUUGACACAUGUACUAAAAGCACAGGUACCUUUUCGUUACUUACAACUCAAAAAGAAAAAGAAAAGAAAAAAAAACUAUUUUCUGCAUCUACGAGGUUGAUAAAGGUUUGUCCUUUGAGAUUCCUGAAACUAGUUUAAGCUUGUAGCAAUCAUUGUGGUGCCAUGGAAGCUGUGCAAAAGCAGUCAAAGUUUUAAUUUUUAUACAAGUAAUCUCCUUAAGGUGACUCUUCCUGGGUUUUAGUUAAUCUGAAGUGUUGUGUGUUUCAAAUGGCUGAUCUUCAAGAGAGGAUGUCACUCUCCUCAUCUUCAUCCUCCUCAUCAUCAUCGUCUCUGUCACUAUCAACAAUGGCAAUAGAUGGAGAGCUCUGGAUGGUUGCCGAGGAAAGGGCUCAGGAGAUACUAAACGCCAUCCAACCUGUCUUUGUCUCAGACAAAAGCAGGAACGAGAUCAUCGAUUAUGUCCAGACCCUUAUUAAAGAUCGUCUUGGAAUUGAGGUCUUCUUGUUUGGCUCGGUGCCACUAAAAACAUAUCUACCAGAUGGAGAUAUUGAUCUGACAGUCCUAACUCCUCAAGAUAAAGAGGAGGACUUGGCUAAUGCAUUGUGCAGUAUGCUUAGAGCUGAAGACGGAGGAGAAUCUGAUUUCCAUGUAACUGAUGUUCAAUACAUCCCAGCACAGGUUAAGGUCAUAAAAUGCAGUAUCAGGAACAUUGCUGUAGACAUCUCCUUCAAUCAAAUGGCUGGACUCUGCGCAUUAUGUUUCCUAGAGCAGGUUGACCAGAUUUUUGGGAAGGACCAUCUGUUCAAGCGUAGCAUCAUCUUGAUCAAAGCUUGGUGCUACUAUGAGAGCCGCAUCCUCGGCGCCAACACUGGAUUGAUUUCGACUUAUGCAUUGGCAGUACUAGUCUUGCAUAUCAUCAACAUCUCUUAUUCAUCACUCUCUGGUCCUUUAGCUGUGCUGUUUAAGUUCUUGGAUUACUAUGCAUCAUUUGAUUGGGACAGCUACUGUGUAACUGUCAACGGUCCAGUCCCCAUAUCUUCUCUGCCUGAUAUGCCUUGUAAUGAUGCUGAGGUUGUCCUGAACGAGAAGUUCUUCAGAGAGUGCAUUGAGUUGUAUUCGGUUCCAACUAAAGCUGUUGAAGCAAACGGUCAUUACUUCCCUGUGAAGCAUUUCAACAUAGUGGAUCCUUUGAAGCACAGUAACAACCUUGGCCGUAGUGUGACAAAAGGCAAUUUGCAACGUAUAAGACAUGCUUUUACUCUGGGAGCUAGGAAGCUCAAAGAUGUGCUCUCAGUGCCUGGAGAAGCCAUGGGAUGGAAACUGGAGAAGUUCUUUUGUAGCUCGUUGGAGAGGAACGGCAAGGGACAGAGACAAGACGUGGAGGAGCCUGUCGUGGCGUUUGGCACUGGGAGAGCAGAAGCGUCUGAGCUCAGAGGAGACUUUGAAGGAUACUUCAAGAGUCUUGUUUAUGGGAAAGGGUUUCACGGAGAGACUCAGCAUAAGUGGAUCCCUCAGGGGCAGGGGCAAGACCACACAAGUUCUUGGGACAUUGUUCGUUGGUUUGUGGCCGGACAAAAGAAUGAUUUCCAUCGGAGGAAUAUGAAUGGUUCAUCAAACUCGUUGCAGAACAUGAGGAGAUCAAGAGGGACAGGCACUUACAUUCCUGAAAUGAGUCAGCAAUCUUAUACAGAGAGGUUCAGUGGCAAACCGAGCACGGUGAACUCAUUGCCUUCAGCAUCUCAGUCUCAACUUGUCAAACAGAAUAUUUGAAUUGGUUUCUUAGGUUUUAUCUCUUAUGUUUACCAACAGAAAACAAUGACUAAGAGUUUUUUUUUUGUUUUGUUAUGGUGCUAAAUGUGAAGUUCCAGAGGUUAAACGCA